UCGACCACUCUCCUAAAUGUUGGAUAAGCCAGGUGAAGAAGACCGUUUUCGGUGUUUCUUUUAACUUCCUUCGAGUUUCUUUAGGUAACUGAGUCCAUUUACUAUGUUUUCUUUCCUAACCACCCCCCUACCCCUACACACACCCGCUCCAGGGCCAGCAACAAAAGAAUAGUGUUUCUCAUGUGUUUAUUUUUGUCCCGGUGGGGCUGCGGGGGGAUUAGCAAUUGUACCUCUUAGGGGUUGGAUGCAAGAGUAAAUAGAGUGACGAAAGAAGAGAGGGCUGAGAAAAUGCAUGUCUAAGCGCUUACCAAGAAGCGAGGGGCGAAGGAGAGCGGGCACUGGGUAUUUGGAGAGUGGGUGGAAGAAGCCAGUGGGACGGGGUGGAGGGUGGGUGGGAGAAGACUGAGACUCAGGCAGAGAAAGGGAAUACAAAGAGUGACCCGCACGGAACAAAUGAGUAAAGAAGGCCAGCAAAAGGCUGCAGAGGACCUAAGAGGCCGGGGGAGUGGGGGCGGGUAGGGAGUCGGAGGGGCGGGCUGGUGCCUGGGGGUGGGGACCGUUGGGCGGGGCUCCGGCCUGCACCUUGCCUAUUCUUUCGCCCGCUCCCUCUCUCCACCCCUGGGGCCGCCUGCGCCCGCCCCUCCCUGCCCCUCCUCCCAUGCAAUAAGGGGAGCUGAGGGGGGGGAGGGGGAGCCGCGCGGCAGCACCUAAGGAGAAUUGAGUCGGGCCGGCCGUCGGGAGUCGGGGGCAGAAGAUCCAAGACAUCCCCGGCCCGAGCUGUAGCGCGCGGGGUGCUCCCCCUUGAGAGCGGGGAGAAGGGGGGCCCCCGGCGACGCCCCCAGGUCGACACGCCCGGCUCCCGGGCGCGCCAGCCGCGCGCUCAUUUCCUGGAGCGCUCCUGCCCGUCGGGCCGGCCCGGAGCCGAAGCCAGUAUGGCCAGUCUGGAGCCAUGGACUUGCGUGCUGCUGCUGUUGCUGCUGCUGCUCGCGCUACCGCUGCUGAGUCGAACUGCCAAAUUCUAUUUUAGGAUCGGCUCCUACUGCGUGUUAUGCGUGGUGACCUCCGUGGUGGCCAGCGUGGUCUGCGUCCUGUGCCAUGGGGGCCGCACCGUGCGCAACAUGAGUAUCAUCAAGAGGUUUGUCCAAACUUUUAAGUACUUUUAUGGGCUCCGGUUUGAGACCGGUGAAGAGAAACUGCAUGAUAGCAAGCCAUGUGUCAUCAUCUCCAACCAUCAGAGCAUCUUGGAUAUGAUGGGUCUGAUGGAGAUCCUCCCAAGAAACUGCAUCCAGAUUGCCAAGAGGGAGCUGCUUUACAUGGGCCCUGUGGGCCUAAUCAUGUAUCUCGGGGGUGUCAUCUUCAUCAACAGAAAGCGGACAAGCACAGCCAUGUCAGUGAUGGAGGAGGUGGGAAACACCUUGGUUCAGAAAAAUCUGAAGGUGUGGAUUUAUCCUGAGGGAACACGGAAUGAAAGUUAUGACCUUUUGCCAUUCAAGAAGGGUGCCUUUUAUCUGGCUGUUCAGGCCCAGGUGCCAAUCAUUCCUGUGGUAUAUUCGUCAUUCUCUUCCUUUUACCAUCCGGAGAAGAAAAUCUUCACAACAGGGAAGAUCAAAGUAGAAGUGCUGGAUCCAAUCAAGACAGAAGGCCUGACGGUGACUGACAUCCCAAAGUUGCUAGAGACCUGCCGUUCUGUCAUGAGAGAGACAUUUUUCAGACUAUCUAACAAGCCAAAUGAAAAUAGGACCAAUGGGCCAACCUCACAACCUAUGCAGUAGCCCUAGGCUCCCUCCCCUGCCCUUCUGCCCAGGGUGAGAGCAUGAACGGAGACGCCUCCCUUUCCUGUUGCCAAAUGUCAUGGUUUCUGCCUCCCCUGGGCUUUCAUUCUGGGUCACCUUCUCCAGAGGCCCUCUUCAUACCAUCUUUCUUUGGACAUUCCUUCUCUUGUCAUCCAUGGAUGUGGUUUCUACACUAUGCCUUCCUCCCCACAGUUGGGCCCCAAGACAUCCUCUCUUUUAUGUCACAAGCUGAGCAGUGAAGUCCUGUGCUAUGAGUGACCCUUGCUAGCUGAACCAGAUUACCAUCUCUCUGGAGUUUGAGAUCUUGUCUAGGUGAAUGAAUGACUUUUGGGGAGAAUGGGGGCUGUGUGGUCUGCCUGCACUGAAGUUUAACAUCCUACCCCUAUCAUCCUUACUCUGCCUACUGGUGUCCAGCUCAGGUAUUAGGAACAAACUUUUCCAGGCUGCCAUUGGCACAGCAAGUAUGAAAAUGCCCAACUUGCUACUUCCUUGUUCUCUGAGUCUUUCUAUCUCUUACUGAUCAAGUCCUGGCACUCUGGGGAGCUACAGAAAAAUCCCUCUGGAUGGACAGGCAGCCUACGCUGCUGGCAAAGGCCAAGACCCUCUUUAAUGAUGCCUGAGUUCCCAGAGACCUAAAAUUAGAGGUGGCACAGCCAUGUCUCUGAAAUCCUUGCCCAAUUAUUCCUGGAACCUGGGUGGAUGGUGGUGAAGAGAGAUCUGUUUUAUGUUAGCACUCUUACAGCAACAGACCAGGGCACACUGAGUUCAGAAUGCUCUUCUUGUGUCUAAAGAGACCCUGUUCCUUAGACUGUGGUCAAGGAGAGGAGUGAGAGAAUGGACUGAGCAAUGAGUUUCCUCCCCUCCAUGACCCAGGAGAGCUGGGCUGGCCCUCAAACCAUCAGCCUGGUGGUUAGAGACAUGAGGCCUUUGGAAGGAGUGGCCUGGUAGAGAAGCUGGCCUUCUGGGGACUAAAACAAGGAGGAGCUCCCCAUAGAUAGUGGGGUUGUUGUGGGAGGGUGGUUGAGACUCGGUGGAUAGCUUGGGAUUCUUCCCAAGCUAACUUUAGUCAGCUGGUCCUAGGAGAUGAGAACACUGACUUUCUCUUGUGCUGAGUCUAGCUUGGUACCGCAGAGGGGACAAAGUCCAGACCUUUGCUGGGGCUAUCGUGGUGGCUUCCCAGUCAGACUACCCAGAUGGGUCCUGAGGAGCAAGUUUGGGGGCAUGCACUCAGGCCAAAUGUUCCCUUGAAUCUAAGAUUGCCAGGUAGUCUUUGGGGGCCAGUCUUUCAGUCUGAGGGAGGAAGGCAGGGCUGGCACUCUGUCUUUGCUGCUCGUGUUUCACAGAGGUCUUCCAGAGCUCAACAUCCCUCCUCUCUUUAUCAGUGUUUACAGAGAAGAAAAGAAGGAUGGGAGUGGCCUGAUUAUCAUGGGGGAGAGAAAGUUGGAGCAUCUUGCUCUAAGUAACCUAUUAAAUCUAAUAGCACUUUUACUGAGGGGAUAAAGAAAAGCCAAAGGAAUUGGGGAGGGUGAGAGGGGAUCCUGGGGUCUCUGCAGCUCUGGGAGAGCAGCAAAUGGGGUCCAUGGAUGCCUAGUGGGCUUCUGUUGGAAAAGUGCCUCUGCUGGUCAAGUCUAAUUUUGUGAAAAAUGUAUGUUUGAUCUAAAUUGCACAAUUUUUGUUUUUCAUAAAGCAGUUAUUUGAAAAGCUCUUGGAGUGGUAGUCACUUGUGGAAAUUUUUCUGGAAGUCAAAAAGGCUUAGUUUUGGAUUUGCCUACUGCAGCACUUAGGGUUUCUCUGGGUCCAAGGCACAAGGGCAGAUAGAUUUGAGAGGACUCCUGGCUGAGUAUCUACAUCCAGUCCCAGUACUUUGGCCUUUUCCAGCCCCAUAUCCGUGGAGACAGUCCCAAAAAGAUGGCCCAUCCUGGAGUGGGUGACUUCAGAUAAUGCCAGACUGAAAGACUCAGUGGGCCUCUAACUUCAUUGGUAUAAGGGAACUUCCUGAGAAGAGAUAGACUCGCUACCACUUCAGGUAGCAACUCCUCAAGCAGCUUAGCAUCUUAGAGAGUUGCCUGGAGCACCAAGAGAUUCAGGGACCUGCCCAGCUUCCCAUAUCCAGUGUAUUUCAGAGGUUAGUCCAGACCUUCCUGGCUCUGAGGGCCAGCUCUUUAUUCCAUAAGCCUCAGGGCAGAACCAGCUGGAAGACCUGGGUUCAAAUUUUGCCUCUGAUACAUGCUGGCUUUGAGACUCUGAGCAAGGCACUAAAUCUCUCAGUGGUCUAAGCAAAUCUCCAACUUUUAAGUUGCAGAGAAGGGACUUAUGUUGGAAGAGGGAUGAAAUCCCAAGUUGAAACACUAUCCCAUAUACUACUGACCUAUGGCAAAAGAUCUUGUUCUGCCCUUCCCCAUUCCCUAGUCAGACGUCAGAGAUGGGUGUGGACCAUUCAGGCAUAAAUGGUUCUCAUGCUUUUGAUGUUGGCAAAACUCUUUACAUACAGACAUGGUCUGAUUUUAUCUUCAGAAGAGCCCUACACAGACUUAAAUGCCAGAGGCAUUGUCAUCCCCAUUUUACAAAUGGGGAAACUGAGGCUUAGGUUUAAGUGACAUCCCCAGCAAGUGUCAGAAGCAAGAUUCAAAGUCAGUUAUUACCGACUUGAUACAGAAUCCUGGGACCAGCUGUCCUGAACUCUGCAUGGGAACACACACACACACACACACACACACACACACACACACACACACACACACACACACACACACACACACACACACACACACACACACACACACACACACACACACCCCUCAGUGCUGAGGCCUAACACUCAGCUAAGCUUGGUUCAUGUGAUUGGGUCAUUGUCUGGAAUGCCCUCUAGAGAUCUCACCACUCUAUUUCCAUGCUGACAGAUGUGAGCAAGCUCAUUGUGAAAUUGGCAAGGUUUUUUUCUGUCCUUUGCCCCUCUCCCCAUUUUGUGCCCUGCUGUUGUUGCUACUAGGAGAGUACCCUGGAGAGUACCAUAGACAAAGGUGCCCAGGAUUUAACAUGAGCCUUUCCCAAAGAGCUUUGUGUUUUUCAAAAGAUGAACUUUUCAAUUAAUUUAAUUUCAUACACACACACACAUCCUCUGUGUAAGACUAAUCCUUGUGACUCACUAGCCAAUGAGUAUUGAGCACCUACUAAGUGCCACGUGUUGGGCUAGGAACUGAGGAAGUAAAGACAAAUAUUAGGUAGACCCUGCCUUGUUCUCUCUGCAGAUAAGCAGAUUUCAUCUGUUGAUAUUAAAAGUUUUCAAUUGGCUGCUUUCGUUACAGAUUUUUAACCCGUGUAUUGGAUAAUGCCUGUUAUUGAGAUGAUGUUUGUAAAGUACCUCGCACAUAGUAGUCAUUUAACAAAUGUUUAUUCCCUCCUUUCCCCAUCUGUAUAAUACCAGUAAUAAAACCAUUUUAUAUGUGUUAUCUUAGUUGAUCCUCAUAAAACCUUGUGAGGUAAGGAGUACUGCUAUUAUAACCUAUACUUAGCCUAGAUGGAAACCUAAGUUCAAACACACAUAUAAUGUUGGAGGAAGGACUCAAGCACCUGUCUCUCUUAAUCCCAAGUCUUGUAUUCUUUUCCAGUAUAUUGGGCUUCCUACUCUUUGGGAGUGAUAAUUAGCAUUAAGUAUAAUUGAUCACCUUGCUAGAUCAACAACAGCUUUGAUGCUCUAACAAGCCCGUGAGAAGGACAACAGCCAUGUGUCAAGCAGACCAUGCGUGAGGGGAGCUAAGGUACCUCUUCAGGGCAUCCCCCACAUCUUAGAGUAGUUUUAAGCUACCAAAACUUAUUCAACAAUAGCAAAAUCUUUGAAAUGUAGGAAGUUAGAAGCCUCAUCUGGUUUCUUUCAGUGGUGUAUUUUUACUGCAUGGUUGCAUUCUCAGGAAUGAAGGGCUACCCCAGGAAACAUCAGGCCUCCAAUAUUUUUCCUCCUUAUGUGGCUUUUCCUCCCCUCUACAAACAAGCAUUGAUUUAGCACUUACUGUGUGCCAAACACUAUUCUAGGUGCUGUGGUUGCAAAGAUUAAAAAUAACAUUCUC